CUACGUGACGUAUUUCUUAUGCGACUAGGGUUUCGUGUCUGUUUGACGAUUGUUUGGAGGGUGUCUUAGUUUGUGGCCAUUUAGCUACAUAUGUUAAUGGUCUUUUAUGUAAUAAUCUUUAAACUCUGUUCAGCGUUCGAUUUUACGUUUUUUCUGAGAUGGCCAAACAAAAUAGCAGCUCUAUCCCAAUCGAUGGCAUUAGUAAUAUGAGAAUAACUUCGCUGUGGACAUUCCUGGUUUCUGUGGACUGGUCAGAGUCCUGGUUGAUCGGGCUGCUGUUCUUUCACGUUCUGUGUUUUACCACCACACUCUUAACAUUCAGGUUUUAUCGACUGCAGAUCUGUCAUUUCUUUGUAUUGGUUGGAUUGGUGUACAGUGCAGAAUAUUUAAAUGAGUUUGCUGCUAUGCAUUGGAGGUCAUUCUCAAAGUACCAAUAUUUUGACUCCAAUGGGAUGUUCAUAUCAUUAAUUUUCUCUGCUCCUCUUCUAAUAAACACAAUGGUGAUUGUGGGAGUGUGGGUUUACAAGACUUUUGCAACAAUGACAGAACUUAAAACUCUGCAGCUGAAAAGGAAAGUGGCUAGAGAAAGCAGGAAGAAAAAAGAAUGAUUUUUGAGGAAAAAAUGUGCAAUGAAAAGUGUAAUUUGUAUGUUGCAAUAAUACUGUUAUGCCAGUAAGGCAAAUGUUAAGGUAUAUAUCAAAAUGGAGAAAUGUUGGCAAAUCACUGUAUUUUUUAAGUGUAAAUCGUACUGUAAAUUGAAAAGCAAACACUAUCAUUGUAAUUAAGUUGUAACUAAAGGUGUUUAUAUUAAGAGUUUGGCUAUAUGUUAUUGUUUUAUAUAAAGACCAAAUGCUGAAUGGAUAUAUGGAUGGCAUUCUAUUAUAAUUUUGAUGGAAAAUGUUUUUUGUAAAUACGGCCUUUAUUUUUGGAAAUAUCUCAAGGAAAUUAUUUGGUGCACAGAACUGUCAGUUAUUUGCAUAUUUUUAGGUGAGGCCUUUGUAUAAAGUUCAUUUUGGUGUCAGGCAUUUUUAAUUUGAAUUAAUUUUUGCUACUAAAGUGGAUGCAGUGAUAUUGUACAUAUGACAGAAGGCAGUAAAUAUCCCAUAUGAAAUGAAUAUAAAAUUGACAGAUCACUAAAUAAAAUUGGUCAUGGCCACAAGGUGGCACUACUGUGUAAAAA